AUGACUAACACUUAUCUACCUAUUCAUUUAGACGUUCAAAAAUCAGUUACAAAAAAUCGAGGUAAUCUGAAUGAUGUAUCACCAAAUAACGAAGUUGCUAACAGAAGGAGAUCAAAUUCACAGUCACAAGUAAUAUCUACUCCGACAGCACUGAGCCGAAGUAAGGAAAAACCAAACAAAAGAAAUCAUGUAUUAUAUUUCGUAACUUUAACUCCAUUAAAUGAUACAUUCAUUAAGAAGCAGUUACUGGUACCAUAUUUUCCUGAAACAAGAAAACUUGGUAGACCGGCUGGAUCGAAAGUGAAGCCGGACAUAACCAAUGGAUUCUUUGAUUCACGAGUACUAAGUAGAAGUCACGCUGCUAUGUUUAUUGAUUCAUCUAAUGGCAAAUUGAUGUUAAAAGAUUUAGGAUCAUCUAAUGGAACGUACGUGAAUGAAGAACGAAUUGGUAAUGAGCCUGUAGAAAUUAAGAUUGGGGACAUUAUCUAUUUGGGAUUCAAUAUACAAGCGGAUACAAACCAUAAACAAAUAAGUGCUAAAGUAGAAAAUAUUAAUGUGAUGCAAAAUUUUUAUACUUCAUCUUCUACAAUACCAUCUUCAUUCAAUUUUAAAAAUCAACUGACAAUGGAUACACCAGAAUUCAAACACUAUAAUUUUAUUCAAGAUAUAAUUUCUAAAAUCCCGAAAAAAAAGGCUGCCAGGGCUAAUGGGCUGCACCUAUCGUUCGAAAAUGCUUUAUUUGGUGAUAUAAAUCCAAAUCUAGAGGAUAAAUUAUUAGGCUUAAAUCCCAGUGGAAAUUGUGGAAUAUUCAAUAACGCACAAAUUACGAAUGCAAGUAGCUUAGAUAGUGCAAUAAGAGUAUUAACAACAAACCUUUCCAAAAUCAAGCAACAAAACCAUACGCUAGCUACAUUGGAAGAGUUCAUAAUAGAUUAUCAAGCACGAUUGAAUGAGCUUAAUUCUAAUUACUUAAAACAGGAAUACGAAAGCAAGCUAAGGAAACUUGAAGAUCAGAUAUCUGAAGAGAAAUCUCAAACACAAGAAUCGAAAGAUAAGCAUAAGAAUUAUAAAGAAGAAGCUACCCAACUUGUCGACCAAUUGCGUAAGGAGGUAACAGCUUUAACGAAUGAGAAACACGCAUUAAAUGAGAAAUUUAAUGAAAUUAAUAAAUUGCAUGGAGAAGAUUCGAAUGACAAUACUAAGGGCUUGAUUGAGACCAACGAAUCUAAUACCGAGAAGCCUUCACUGAAUUUCGAUUACAUCAACUCUAAUGGUAAAUUUGUAUCAGAAACAACUAAAUCAAUGACUAGCAAUGAUGAUAAAAGGCAAAAAAUAAUAUCUUCAUUAGAAAAUCAAAAGGUUCAUGACUCUAACAAUUUUGCUUUAUCUAAUAUAAAGGAUAAAGAUUGUUCGAUUAUGGAUUCCCCAAAGGAAGAGAAGAGUGAAAUUGAAUCAGAAGCAACACCUCCUAUCCUAGAUAAAGAAAUGGAAACUUCAAGGAAUACACCCUAUACUAACAAUAAUCCAUCAAGCAUAGAGUCAGACCGAUCAAUUAGUUCACGAGACCAAGGAAUUGAUCGUAAAAUAGGAUCUUUUUCCUCAAUGUUGCAGCUUUUACCACUAAAAGACAAGAUCGCAAUUGCAUUAUAUUUCACACUCCUUGCAUUAGUUAUUCAGAGCAUAGAGAGGAAUCGGGGCAUAAUAUUCGGAUUAUCAAUAGUACUAUUUGUAAACGUAUUUCAAAGACUAUCUAGCUAA